CGAACAACGGGACGAACGUUUUUACAUUGAAUUUAAUAGAAAUAUCGCACAAAUCGUCGCCGGUCGCGAGUGUUUCAGUUUAAACAAAAUGCCUACGAAAUUCUAUAAAUCUUUUGAGCAUUACGACUCGAAACGGCACUCGAUAGCGCUGGGCGAUAACAGAACGAUCGCCUCGAGGAAUAUAUUAUAAAAAGCGUUUCGUUCGGUGCACCUCUAGUCAGACGUCAGUCGAUAGAUAGACAUAGUACACUUACAUUACUUACAAAUACUGUGUAAUAAAUUAUUAUUUUAAUUUUAAAUUAUUUAUUUUUAUCGUUGACAUUUACGUUUUUUAUUUUCGGGAGUGUCAUUUUUAGUGUCUAGUGUAUAGUUUUGAUUAAGUGUUUUUUCUGAGUUUUUGCGGUUAGUUUUUGUGGUGCACUCAAGGAUUUUCAUAGAGAUAUAUUAUGUCAUUUUUAUGCUGUUUAUGCCGUUGGGACAUCUUUAUACCAUCGGUAACUCGACCGGAUUGGAAUCACUCGUUAAUAACUCACUAAAAAUUUUAAAAAAAUUAGUUAAAAUUUUAAUAAAACAAAAACGAAACCAAAAGUGAUGUUUUAAUAAAAAAAUAAUCAAUACCAAAGUGUUUUUAAGUGUGUUCAUAAAAAAAUUAGUUAAUGGUAAAAAAGACAAUCUUAAAACAAAAUUUUAGUUGAAGGAAUGAUUUUAGGCAACCAAAGUGGAAAAUAGACUUGACUGUACUUAAACUAAAACCCGUGACUUAUUUUAAAACGUGACUUAAACAUAAAAAAAAUUACCCAAUUUUACCCAAACUUAUUCCCUCCCCUAGUGUUGUCCACAAUGUUCUAAUUUUAAUCUCGAUCAUCGAACAUCGAUCUAUAAAUGUCGGGACACUCAUAGCGUCUAAAUUAGCGAUUUUUGGAAUUUUUUCGGAAAAAAUUAUUUCGUAGUCAAAAUGCCGUUGCGACAUUCGGUCAAUUUGUCGAGACGAGCCUGUUGUCCAGAUCGAAAAGGAGGAUUUAGGGGUGUGAAAUUUGCUCAUCCGGGAUGGUGCCUGUUUCUGGUGGUGGUUUUUGCUGUCAAUACACUUGCCAGGCCUGAGGCGGCUUCGAUAAAUGAUGAGGGUCGUCAGCUCAAUGCGGCCCCCGUGGUUUCAGCACUGGACUCUGGCAAAGGCGACCAAUCGACAGGAAGGUCGACGCCCUCGGAGUCGUCCACGACGUCGGCUUCGACGACUCUGUCAUCAUCGACGACAACCUUCGAAGACUCCUCGGACGUCACCCCGGUGAUGUCUUCGGCCCUGUCGAAGGAGCUGGGGGCGCACGACGGAGACGCGCACGCCCAUGCACUCGACGGGCACCACAAGGCGCCCCCGGACAGCUACCCCAUCAUCACGAUCGAGUUCAUAAGGGUGCAGACGCCUUUCAUCAUUGGGCUUUGGAUACUGUUUGCCAGUUUGGCCAAAAUUGCUUUCCACAUGGCUCCAAACGUCAACAAGAUCUUCCCCGAGUCGUGUCUCCUGAUCGUCGUUGGUGUCAUCAUCGGAGUCGCCCUAUUUUAUGCCACCAAUGUUCAGGUGUCAACUUUGACUCCUGACACCUUUUUCCUGUACAUGCUGCCGCCUAUAAUUUUGGACGCCGGUUACUUUAUGCCGAAUCGGCUCUUCUUCGAUCAUCUGGGGACUAUUUUGCUGUUCGCCGUCAUCGGAACAAUCUUUAACAUAUUGACCAUAGGUGUUUCCUUAUGGGCAUGUGGUAUCACCGGUUUAUUUGGGGUCGAGACACCACUUUUGGACAUGUUCUUGUUCUCGUCUCUGAUCUCGGCUGUAGAUCCUGUUGCAGUUCUGGCAGUAUUUGAAGAAAUCCACGUCAAUGAAGUUUUAUACAUCGUUGUCUUUGGAGAAUCUUUGCUCAACGAUGCCGUCACAGUCGUCCUCUAUCAUAUGUUCGAGACUUACGGUGAAAUGGGUGCUAGCAAUAUCGAGUACACGGAUGUCCUGGCUGGUCUUGCCAAUUUCUUAGUCGUUGCAGGAGGUGGUACCAUAAUAGGUAUUAUAUGGGGUUUUGCAACUGGCCUGGUCACUCGUUACACACACGAGGUGAGAGUCAUCGAGCCUAUCUUCAUCUUCGUUAUGGCCUAUUUGGCAUAUCUUAAUGCUGAAAUAUUCCACAUGUCUGGUAUCUUAGCUAUUACAUUCUGUGGUAUAACAAUGAAGAAUUACGUAGAGGCCAACAUCUCCCACAAAUCUCACACGACAAUAAAGUAUGCAAUGAAAAUGUUAUCGAGUUCUUCAGAAACCAUCAUCUUCAUGUUCUUGGGUGUUGCAACCAUCAACGAUUCGCACGAUUGGAACACUUGGUUCGUGCUGUUGACAGUUUUCUUCUGUUCGUUCUUCAGGAUAUGCGGUGUUGUGAUAUUAACGGCUUUGGCUAACAGGUUCAGGCUGCACAAAUUGAAUCGGGUUGAGAAGUUCGUGAUGUCCUAUGGAGGUCUCCGUGGUGCAGUGGCGUUCGCCCUGGUGUUGCUCAUUGACCCGAGACAUGUAAAACUGCAGCCCAUGUUUGUGACCACUACAAUUGCAGUCAUCUACUUCACUGUGUUCUUGCAAGGAAUCACCAUUAAACCUUUAGUCAGGAUCCUCAAUGUCAAACGAGCAGAACCAAGGAAACCAACAAUGAACGAAAGGAUACACGAAAGGUUUAUGGAUCACUUGAUGGCAGGCAUUGAAGACAUUUUGGGUAGAACUGGUAACUACCACGUUAGAGGAAUGUUUAAGAGAUUUGACAAUAAAUUCAUCCGUCCUUACUUGUUGAGAGAUCACAAAGGUGCCGAACCUAAGAUUCUGGAAACAUAUUCUAAAUUAGCAAUGAAGGAUGCCAUGGAGUACAUGCGAAGAAAUGCUUCCACGAUUGGCAAUAUUUCUGGCACCGAAAGCAUGAGUGCCAUUUUCAGAAAUUACACUGCAGGAAAUUUGAAUGCCAACAGCCCUAGCUUCAGCCAACUGGACUCCUCGACUUGGAACAUCGAUAUGCAAGAACUCGAGUACAACCCAUCGAAGAAAGACUUGACAGAUGCCAAGAUACAUCACUUGCUGGCCGAGGAACUUUGCAAGCCUUAUCGAAGACACCGUAGACUCAGUUACUCUCGGCAUGCAGUUGAUGACAGGGAUCUGUCGACUCAAGUCAAUUAUCGUACUCAUAUGAAUAUCAGGAGAAUGGUUGGUGAACGUAAACAUCACAAGAGAUCCAAACGAGUCAAUAAGGAUGGUACCAGACAGAAUCAUGUCAGUUUUCCCGAGUUCCAACAAAAUGGAUCUGCUAAACAAUUUUCGCAUGAUUACUUAAAUGAGGUCCUACAUGAACAAGGCGAAGAUGAAGACACACUAACCAUGGAUAAACCCAUCGAGUUCUCGACUAAGAAACCAAAUGGCUGUGAUAAACCAAGUGAUAUGAGUAUUAUUAUGGGAACUACUAAUAAGGAGGACUUUGAUUGUCCCAUCACAUUUACUGCUAAAUCGCCAAAACAAGAAUCUGCCAUGUCGCCUGAUCGACCGGUGAAGAGAAUAUCGAGGGACUCCGAAGGUGAGCCCCGCGUAUCGACCCCAACGGCCACCGAAAGUGUCCUGCCCUGGAAACGUGGCGACGAGUCGGACGAAGGGGCCCUUCAGCAGUCCGAAUUUCCAGCCUGGGCCAGCAAUAAGGAGUAUUUGGCCUACAAUUCGCCUUCGGCCACCUUCUUAGGUGGUUUAGCGCCGCCUAAACAGGUGCGCUCCGUCAUAGGUCUGUUCCGGAAAGACAGCGGCGCCUCCGGCUCGGACACCUCCCUGCACAGGAUGUGCGUCGACCACCUGCCGCCGAUACCUUCCGGCAGGCAGCUUGACAACGUCGGCGCGGGCGGCCGCAGCCAGAGCGUGGUGCAGGGCCCGGAGGGCAGGGACUUCAGCAAGAGGAGCCACAGCAUUGCUUAUACGGGAGACAAUUACCCGGAGUUGGGCAACCCGGGCGACCUGAUCAGUCUGGGCAAACCUGCCACAGUGUUUCCGGUGACGGCGAGUCACCGGAGGCAGAACCGGAGGGGCUCAAUGCUCGAAUUGAGCGGGAACAAAGACCAGGCCCCCGCCAGCGGAGCAGCACAUCCGCCAACUCACCCGACACCACCACCCCCUCAUCCCGCAAUUUCCAUCCCCCCAAUCCCGAUCCCCCAAUCUCCGGCGAUGCACCACAAGAUCCUGAUGCCCCAGAAGCCUUCGACUCCGCCCGUUGACGACGAGCACGUCUUCGAUGACCCGGUGUAUAGGGAUAAGGAUAUUUGGGUUCCCGGCGCCCGAAUGGGUUCCCCUCUGCUCAGAUGCACCCCGAGAUCCCAGCUCAGGAGGCAGCACACCCUGGGAGAGAAAUUGCUGGUGUCGAGCAGUAGUGACUCGGAGAGUGAUGGGCCUUUGUGAGAGUAAGGAACGUUCUAGGUAACAAUUGUGAGGUGGAUAGAGGUAAAGGAUAGGCGUAGAGAGUAAGGGCUGAUGGGGUUGUUUGAUGAACUGGUAAAAUAAGGCAAGAUGAGUUUUUUUAUGAUUUAUUUAUGAAAAGAGGAGGAUGGAAAGUAGUUGAUGGCAAUAGUUUUUUCAACUGGUGAAAACUUGACGAUAACGUAACUGUUACGUAACAUGUGCAGUUACAUUGCAACGUCAAUUGACAAAAAUGCGGAACAUUUUUUGAAUAAAUAAUUAUGACCAGAUUUGUUUAUGCAGUAACGUGAAAGUUACGUAACAUUUACAUCUUCAUACAAUUUUAAUUGACAAUAUAUUUUUAUUAGUUUCUUCAACCUUUUUCAAUAUUACGUAACAUCAGAACCAUUUUUUGGAUAUACUAAAUUAAAAUCUAUUGUCAUUAGUUUGGUGUUCAAAAUUUAAUAACGUUCUCGUUUUUGGGGCAAUGUUUUUAUCAUUUUUUCCAAAGUUACGUAACAUUAACAAAAUACUAAUACUACUUACGUAACAAUAAAAAAUGAUAUUGCGCUUUUUUUCAAAUCAUUUAUGCGA